UCUAGCCACUCAUACCCGCGGCUCAUACUCAGGUUCCGGUAUAUCUAAUCGCAGAGAGGGCUGCCGAUUUAAUCAAAGCAGAUAUAUAAUGUUUGUCAGGAAAUAUCGGUAAACAUCUCGGUAUAUGAAGUAUCUCCGUUUGAAUUUAAAUAAAAAGUGACAACGUUAAAUGGAUACCUAGCUUGAGGCGGUGGUUUCACCCAUAGCGCCAUGAACUCUGCCAACUACUUCCGCACAGACCUCUCGUCCGUCUUCCGGACUUCAUAUCAGAAGAAUAAGAUGUCCUCCUUUAACUGGCUACCUCAAGAACUAAACGACCGCAGAGUCCUUGAUUUCUUGGACAAAGACAUCAACUUUGCUUCCCUCCCGGGAUACCCACGCGGUACGGACGGUCACGUCAUUCUGGUGACAGAGGAGUUGCCUCGCGAGUUCCCGUUUAAUCUAGAUUAUAAUUCUGAAUACCAGCUGGGUAUUGGUGAAGGUUUUGUUGGAGAACAUCAACGAUCGGAAACGGAACCCGGAGUAGCUCUCAAACGUCCUAUCUUGGGCCUGGCAACAAUGCAUAUACUUGCAUCGUCAAACCUCAAAGAGAUCAUUCUCUCCGCAGGCUCCAUCGGUUCUCCGCAUAUCCUCCUCAAUUCAGGCAUUGGCGACAGCACCGAACCUUCAGCUCUGGGAAUCCAACCAGUCCUUCACCUUCCCGACAUGGGAAAGAACUUGACCGACCACCCACGAUAUAUCAUCAACUUCUUCGUCAACAGCACAGAUACUAUCGAGAAUGUCUAUUUCCGGAUUAGCCGAACCCAACUUCUGCCUUGUGCUCUCUACCAAGAUAUCCGGAGGAGGCUGACUGGUCCCGCUUUCAAUCUGCUUUACAAUGACAUCAUAAAGCCUACUAUACAAAACGUAUAUCAAUGGCAGAAGGAGCGAGAAUUUCACAUUGGUUACUGGGAGCUAUAG